CAAUCUCCAGAUUUUCACCCAAUCUCCAGAUAUUCACCCAAUCUCCAGAUAUUCAUCCAAUCUCCAGAUAUUCACCCAAUCUCCAGAUAUUCACCCAAUCUCCAGAUAUUCAUCCAAUCUCCAGAUUUUCACCCAAUCUCCAGAUAUUCACCCAAUCUCCAGAUAUUCACCCAAUCUCCAGAUAUUCACCCAAUCUCCAGAUAUUCACCCAAUCUCCAGAUAUUCAUCCAAUCUCCAGAUAUUCAUCCAAUCUCCAGAUUUUCACCCAAUCUCCAGAUUUUCACCCAAUCUCCAGAUAUUCACCCAAUCUCCAGAUUUUCACCCAUUCUCCAGAUAUUCACCCAAUCUCCAGAUAUUCAUCCAAUAUCCAGAUAUUCACCGAAUCUCCAGAUAUUCAUCCAAUCUCCAGAUAUUCACCCA